AAAUUGGCGGCUCAAAUUGCGCCAAUUCUCCAAAAAUUUUAAAACAUUCGGCGCCAAAAUUCGACCCUAAGAUACUAAUAUCGACCUAAAGCGCCUUCAAGAAAGAGAAUGAUAAACCCCUUGUAGUUGAUAUCUGUGACAGAUUUCGACGGAGAUGGAUAAUGAAGAAGAGUUUUCGCAGUUUUCGGACUCCGAAAAGCAGCCUUCGCCGGUUCCUGAAAGAAGGCUCAAACGUCUAAGAAAAGCAAACGAGAAAUCUCCUAAAGAUCAUAUCCCGAGUGAUGAUGCGCCUUUGGUUCUUGAGGCAAACUCAACAAUAUUUGAAGCUUUAGACAGAGGAGAAAACAACGGGGAAGAUUUUAAAGAAUUAAAUGACAGAUCUGAGUCCCAAUUCGAAUGUUUACAAAAUGGAAAUGAAUUGGAUUCCGGUUUUGAUAGUUUGGAUAUCGAGAAAGUUUAUUAUGGAGCUAAGAGAUCUUUGGAAUUUGGUUCUGUGGCUGAGGAAUAUCAUGGCAGAGUUGGGAAUCAAAUGGGUACGGAAGUGGAAGGGGAUAUUGGGGAAUUGAGGACAGAGCAGGAGUCGGAGAAGAAACGCCGGAAUGUGGAUGAACUCGAGGAUAAGCAAGAGAAGAAAAAGAAGAAAAAGAGAGUCAAGAGUGGCAGUGAUGAACCUGACGAGAUGUCAUAUUCAGCUAUGCCCACCAAAAGAAGAGGGGAUAAGGAAAGAAGAGAUCGACUUAAGGAGCUCCGCUCUGAAUCUCAGAGGUUGUUGAGAGAAACUAGAGAUGCAUCAUUUAAACCUGUUCCUGCUGUUCAAAAGUCUGUUUCUUCUGUUUUGGAGAAGAUCCGGCAAAGGAAGCAUGGAUUUUCAGAAAAUCCCAGUUCCGUCAUUACAAUCAGAAAUUCUUCUCUUGGGGGCAAUGACUCCAUCUCAAGAGAGCUGAUACUGGACUUCGAUACAGAAAAUUCCCCUUUCGUGGAUGUAGAAUAUCACAAGGCUGAAGAAGCAGAUAGUGAAAAUACAUGUUUUGGAGAUGUGGAGGGCAGUUUACAUGCUCAGAGUGCAGAAAGAUCUAAGGAGACUUCUAACGACAGUCACAAAAACGUAACUUCUAAGAUGGAUUUGGAUGGGGCUUCAAAACAAAAAUUUCGAGCUCCCGUUGAUGAUACUCAGGAUAUUAUUUUUGAUUCCCAAACAAGUGACUCCAAAGAUGAAACGCCCAGUAGUCCACUAGAAGAAGUUAUGAGACCUUCUUUACUUGCAAUGAACUUAAAGCUUGACUCUGCUCCUGAUGAUUUUUCUUCUGAUGAAGAGGAAAAUGACAAGGAGAACAUUGAUCCCUGCCUGCAUGGAUCAGCUGAUUUGUCUUCAUCUCCAGCAGGUGAUCCUGUAAAAGCGUUUGUUGAUGACGAAGCUGAGGAAGAAGAUGAUAGUGAUAAUGACCUAGCUUGUUUCCAAGAUAAUGAGGAAGAUGAGGAUAACAUGGAGUCUGAGGAGCUUCAUGAUAUGAUAGCAACUGAGUAUGAAGAAAGGCCAAUUGAUGAUGAAAUGCGUAAUGAACUUCAUCAGAAGUGGCUUGAGCAGCAGGAUGCUGCAGGAACAGAAAACCUUUUGCAGAAACUUAAAUGUGGUUCUAAACAGAGAGAAAAGACCUUCAUUGAAGAGAAAGAUGAAGGGAGUGAAGAGGGUAGAGAGUUUGUUGAUGACCCUGAGGAAUACCUUGUUCCAAAAAAUGCUGUACGAAUGAACUUGAAGAAAGCAAAGGAAAUGAUUCCUCUAAUGUUUACAGAUAAAGAUGAUGUAUAUGUUUCCUCUGAUGAUGAGGAAACAGAAAGAUGUCUUGCUAAGCAGCGCCUCUCUGAUAAAGCUGAAGAGGAAGCAACAUUCUUGUCACCAGCAGAGGAUGAAGGCUCCAGAGAGAUUUUUGGUCUUAUAAAGAAGUUGAACAGUGUACCAGACACUAGGAGGAAAGCGAAAACGACAUCCCAUUUUCAUAUGCUGUCCAUUGGAGGAAAUAGGACUUUGUCAUCGAAGUCAUCUUUCCUAAGUCUGGGGUCAAGAAAUUCUCUCCCAUCAUUCCAGAAACAUGGUCCAAGCAUAGUUCGUUCUUUUGUCUUUGAAAGAGAUGACAGCAAUAGUAGGAGUGCAAUGUCAGAGGAUUCCUCAAAUUUGGUCCAAAGAGAAAGCAGACCAAAGAAAGCUGCACCAGCCAAGUUCAGUAACUCGCAAGUUAGGUCCAGUGCUCAAAAUACACAAACUAUGACAGAAAAGGAAUCCGGCCCUUCACUACAUGAGAUAUUAAGGUGCCCAUCACUACAAUCCAGUAAUUGCAUUCGCGGUAGCAUGGCUGGCCAAGUCGAAGACAUAUAUGCUGCUUUUAAAUUGGAUCAGAAUCUUGUAAAGAGAGAACCUAAUGUAUCAAUAAGAAGUUAAAGAACAGCCCAGGAUGGUACAUAAAAGUCUGUUAAAUGAUGUUGGCGAUGGUUUUUCAAUUGAGAUUUAGAAAAAUAAUGCAUUGUAAAGUUUCUCUAUUCAAUGUUCAGAUGCUGAACUGAAUAUCACAAUGAAGCUUCUAUUUAUGAGA